UGGGUUCAGGGGACGGAGACAGUUGCGAGCAACGCAAGGUCACACACAAGUUUACUAUCAGGUUUGUACAUAGGGAACGUGAAAGUGUUGGUGAAGGCACAAUUUGGAAUGGACAGCUCAAAAGAAAUUGUAAUGAAACUGGCUGUUCGAGCAGAGGAUCCAUCUGUCAGCGAUGCGAUUCACGCACUUGUUGCCAACGGCUAA